CGACAAGGCCCCCCCAAGCCACCGACUCUCUCCCCCCUUGAAAACCCGGUGAGAUCUUGAUGAAAUUCCUUCCUUUUCUGGUUCAAUCACAAGAUUUAGGACCUAGAAAUCCCUCCUAAACCCAGAAAUUUCCAGAUCUACGCUGUCUUCUUCCCCUCUGUCCACCGGCCUUUGCUGUGUGAUGUUGAGUUCGGUUUUUGGCCCGCGAGCUUCCUCCCAUUUGCCGUCGGCCUCCAUACCCAGCAGGUCCGGUUCUGGUAGCUGGAAUUCUGGUAUGUUGACAGCCUCAUUAAGUUUGAAAUUACCCAUUUAAUUGUUGGGUUUUGUCCAUUUAAUUGAUGCUCUGUGUUGUCCGAAAUCUGCUGAAAAAUGGGGAUGAACUCCGGUAGCAAUUAAAGCAUAAUUAAGCUUAAUUAAGGUAGAAAUGGCUUGAUUUAGCUGAUGUGAGGUUUUGUAUGAAAAAUUCCAUGAAUUAGCUAUGCUUUGCAAAGUCCAGUUCCUCCAUGUGCUGCCCGUGAGAUUGGGAAAUAUUGCAGCAGCCUUAAACCUUGUUUUAGGCUUGGGUUAAGUAUAAAUUGCUUGAUUUGGCUGCUGUGAAUUUUCUGGAGGAAAUCCCGUGUCUUAGGAGCUUUUGAGUGAAAUUUUGGAUUGAUCUGUUGAUUUGACUCUCGAGUUUAAAAAGGGGUUUGUGACCAUUUUGCUCAUAAGUUACAUUCACUGUUCACGCGCACUGUUCACUAGCACUGUUCACGCGUUGAAUUUUAAUUAAUUGGAGUAGAAAAUCUCAUGGAAUACGUUAGUUAUGGCAUUGGAUUAAUUUUGGUCCAGUAGUGAUGUAUUAUUGAUUGGGGUUUUGUUUGGUUGUUGAGAACGUGUGAUGGGAAAAUGAAAAGGGAAAUGGUUAUUAAUUCUUGAAUAUUUUGAUUAGGUUCCUGAUCGUUUUGUCAGUUAGCACUGAGAUCAAGUUUUCGGUUUUAUGCUAAUGAGGUAAGUAAAUUUAUGGUAAUGGCCAUACAGUUUUUAAAAGCAUGUUUUGACUUGUUUUGAAGUGGUGGCGGGACUAAACCCAUUUUAUACAAAAGUAAGUAUGACUGAUUUGAAGUGAAAUUUUUAUGCUUUUCAUUAAAUUGAGCAUGCCUACUUGAAAUUUAAUUGAUUGUCCUGAUGAUCUGAAAGUGAUUGGUGAAUUAUGGUUUUUCUAUUAAUUUUUGCUUGUUUUGUCUUCGAUGUGGUCAUGUUAUUAGUGACCCUGCUAGUGGGGGAGGUUAUAAACGCUAGCACAUGUCGACAUGUUAUUGAUAGAACCGGUUGGUUCGAGUGACCCUGCUAGUGGGAGGUUUAUAACACUGGCCGUGACCUAUAGAGGAGACGUCUAUUUCAUUCCCGUACUGUAUCUGUUUUUCGUGAUUACAUUUGUUGGCAUGCUAUAAGUUUAAUAAGGGGCACUCCAUAUUUUACUUACUGCGUUUAUCUCAUAGUUUUUCCUUGUCCACCAUUUCAAGAAGUGAAACCGAGGACGGGGAAACCACGGGAAGUGACGAGUUAGAAGACUAGUCAUUUCAAGAUUGAUAUAGAUUUUAGAAAUAAAUCAUGCUUUUGUAAGAUAGAUUUUACCUUGAAUUUAUGAGAUUAAAACAGAUUUUGGUCA